UUCCCAGGAUAUUUACCGGGUCGGGUACCCGGCCCGUUUAUUUCAAAAAAAUCAGUAAAUUACCCGCAUAAUUUGUGCCGGGUCAACGGGUCAACGGGUCGGGUAAUGCGGGUCGGGUAUUUUUGAACACCCCUACUCAGAAGGUGUAGUGAAAAUGCUGAUAGAGGAAUUCCCUACGAGCAUUCCAUUUAUUCAUAUUAUCCGCCGAUGUAAGGCCCUCAUGGCUCGAUCGGAGUGGGAUAUCACUGUGGAACAAUGUUAUAGGAAGCAAACUGAGUGGCAGAUUGGUUAGCUAACUUUGGUGUUCAGUUGGAGCAUAAACUAGUUCUCUUCUCGGCAGUGCCGAAGGAUCUUCGUGCCGUUUUAUUGGAGGACCAAAAUGGUAUCUCGUGGCCUCGUACUUUUUAUUUUCUAGUUUUUUCUAGCUUUUGUUUUCUUUGGGGCUUCGCUAGUUCGCCCCAUUUAACACCAAAAAAAAUAUAACAUUACUCAAUUGAUAUCUUCUUUGAUUCUUUCAGACAAAAGGGUAGUCAAAUUACAUUGAUUGAACAUUCCCCAUAACAUUUUUCUCACAACUAUUUGCCAAAACAUAUGCUGCUCCAUUACUGGUUUUUCUUUCAAAAUUAUUAACCUUCUGAAAAUGAAAUAUUAUCGGCCGGUCUGAAUAUAACAUUUAUACGAUUAAUUUAAAUGUAAUUUGAGACCAGUUUUAGGUCGACAUUCAAAGUAAUACAUACGAGAAGAUUCAAAGUUUGAAUCGCAUGUAACUGUCAUAGUGUCAUGUACAUCAAACUAAGUAGCUGAAACCUUAGUUAUGUAUAAUUAAACAAAAUUACUUUUAAUUAAUCAUUCAUGUCACUUAUUAGGGAUAUACGUAGUAUAUGCAAACUCAUCAAAUUUGAUACCGAGUAGUGAAGACCGGAGAAUGUGCAAAGUUUGAUUUGGUGCAUCAGGUCAGCUUAUUGGUUAAGACUGAGUGUCUGUAUAUGAUAGGUCUCAUAUUCGAAUUUCACUCAUAUUUGUCAUUUGUAUUGCCCUUAGGGCUCAUUUGCACCAAAAAGAAAAAAGAUUCUUUCUAUUCGAAUGAGUCGAUCACAAGACAGACCAAUACAAAUUACAAAUUGAAGAAAAAUACUUGAACUUGUAAUCUAUUGUACACGUACAUUCAGUCUUAAUCAUAGGCCAACUCUAAUUCAGUGAUAAUAUAUUAGAUAGCAAAUGUGCCAUUACUUUCAUCUUGUACACUGAAAUUUGACAUUCCGACAUCCACAUAAGCAAUGAAUUGAUGGGAAUUGAAGCCAAAUGACAUGAAUGCCAUAUAUAUUCUUGCAAACUUGUACGAUUUCAAACCCUAGAACAAAGCAACACGAAAUAUUCAACAAAAGUUACAUGCAUGACAUGAAUAUAUACCAUCAAAUGCUUUAUAUAGGAACUUAAUUUCACAGCCAGAAGUAACACAAAACAAAGUAAGAGAAACAAACACAACCACACUGCUUAUCCCUAUCUGUUUAACCCACAUACAUUUUGAAAUUUCAUCGACAUACAUGGAUUCUCUUAAAAUUAUCUUAUCUUUUACUCUCCUUGUAUCUCUCUCAUCAGCGACGAGUGUGGUUGACUUUUGUGUGGCGGAUUUCAGAUUCCCAGUUACUCCAGCGGGGUACUCUUGUAAAAAUCCUGCUAACCUUACAGUGGAUGACUUUGUUUUCUCUUCUUUGAGUGUUCCAGGUAACAUGUCAAAUAUCUUCAAUCUCGGUGUGGUCCCAGCUUUCGACGUGACAUUCCCUGCCUUGAACGGUCUAGGCCUUUCCAUGGUACGAUUAGACCUUGGUGUGGGUGGAGUUGUUCCAAUCCACUCGCACAGGGCGUCUGAACUUAUCCUUGUAAUCGAGGGGACGAUAAUUGCUGGAUUUAUUGGAUCCGACAACACCCCUUACUACAAAACAUUGAAUAAGGGGGAUAUUAUGAUCUUCCCCGCCUCGUUACUUCACUUCCAAGUUAACAAUGGUAAUUCUCCUGCUCUUGCAUUUGUUAGCUUAAACAGCGCGAGCCCCGGCUUUCAAACAACAACCUUUGCCCUAGCUUCAAAUGACCUUCCUACUGAUGUAAUUCAGAAGAUCACUUUGUUGGAUACAACGCAGGUGAGGAAGUUAAAGACUGUGUUUGGAGGCACAAAUUAAUUAAUACUCCGUUAACAAAAUGAUCUAAUUAUAUACGAUGUACGUAGUAAUCAAUAUGUGUUUAUGCAAAUGUAAUAUUAUCCUAAUAUGUAUGAUUUGUAUAUUAGUGUACAUGAAUACACAUGAGUGAGUAUUGUAUAUGUACAUUGCUUUUACUGAAUAUGCCAUCGCUAUGAAAUGGAUGGAGUAUAUA